ACAGUAUAACCAGAGAGAAGGUGAAAGAAAGAAUCAGUAAUGGCUAGGAUAAGAAAGGUAAAAAUACUAUAAAGAAUAUAGACAAAUACGUCAGAUGGUAAUCAGAGCCGACGGUUUUCUGAGUCAUGGCAGGUGUCGGAAAGUGAAAAGAUAAAUUCUAAUGGAAGAAGAUGCUUUUGGCCUUUUCUAUUUUUUAGUGUUUUUUGUUUUGUUUCGUUUUUAUUGAGAUCUGAUUCUCUUCAACAAUGGCUGGCUAGGGCAUUGGAGGAUUAAAUAUACGAUGCUUGAAAUUCACGCUUUGUAAAGCUUCAUUUUAAUAGCAGUUGAUCUUUCUCUCUCUAUCUUUCAUUCACAUUAUGCUGUAGAGUUUCUGGAGUGAUCGAGUGAGUGAGUGUCGACUGUUUUGAUUCACUGUAAAUGGCGGAAGUGGAAGGAGGAGGAGGAGUUUCGAGCACGUGGCAGGACGAGAUGGCGAGUUUGGUGGAAGACAACGGGAUACGACGCAGAUAUGGAUACGCGGUGGAUCCGAUUGAAAUCCCAACACCGGCAUUCGAUGCGGGAAGGUCGGGAUUCGUGGAGUCAGUGUCAACCGAGGAGUCUCCGGAGAAGGAGACCCUGAGAGACCAGGUGACGGGGUUCCUGACGUCGUGGGGCGAAAUGCUUGUGGAUUUAGGGAGAGGGUGCAGGGAUAUUGUGCAGCAGAAUCUGUUCACGGAGGACUCGUUUCUCGUGCAGAAGCUAUCGGGGCCGAUGGAGAAGGUCUCUUGCGGAAUUAGAUAUUUGAAUGAUUCGUUCUUGCCCGAGGAUCGCGAUCCAGCUCACGCGUGGCCGGUCAUUCUCUUCGUUUUCAUCCUCGCCCUUGCAGCACUAAAUGUGAAUAAUAGAAGUGAUAGCUUGGUCCUGCCGAUUAAGAAAGUGCAUCUGCAUCCUCCUAGUGCUAAUCGCAUACAGCUUCCUGAUGGUAGAUACAUGGCUUAUCAUGAGCUAGGCGUUUCAGCGGACAGAGCUCGAUUUACCAUGAUUGCUCCACAUGCUUUUCUCUCCUCCAGACUUACAGGUAUACCAGGGAUUAAGACAUCACUGCUUGAAGAAUUUGGUGUCCGGUUGGUCACAUAUGAUCUUCCUGGUUUUGGAGAGAGUGAUCCACAUUCAGCCAGGAAUCUCAACUCAUCAGCUGUUGAUAUGCUGAACCUAGCCAAUGGUGUUGGUAUAAAUGACAAGUUCUGGGUUCUGGGCUACUCAAGUGGAAGCAUGCAUGCUUGGGCUGCACUCAGAUACAUUCCUUCCAGAAUUGCUGGUGCUGCAAUGAUUGCCCCUUUAAUAAAUCCUUACGAACCUGGAAUGUUCCGGGAAGAAAUGAGAACAACAUGGGAGCACUGGCAGCCAAGGAAAAAACUAAUGUUUGUCUUGGCUCGAAGAUUUCCAAAAAUUCUCUCUUUUUUCUAUCGAAGAAGCUUCCUGUCUGGGAAUCAUGGUCAAAUUGAUAAAUGGAUGUCUGUGUCAUUCGGACAAAAGGAUGGGCUUUUGAUUGAAGAACCAAUAUUUGAAGAAUUUUGGCAUAGGGAUGUGGAGGAGUCAAUCCGUCAGGGAAGCACAAAACCAUUCAUUGAGGAAGCUGUUCAACAAGUGUCAGCAUGGGGUUUUAGCCUGAUAGAUCUCCAGGUGCAGAAGAAAUGCCAGAGAAAAGGCAUUCUUCCUUGGCUUAGUUUCAUGUAUAGUCAGGAAGAAUGUGAGUUGACUGGUUUUCUUGGCCCUAUACACGUAUGGCAGGGAAUGGAUGAUCGAGUUGUCCCGCCAUCAAUGGCUGACUACAUCAGCCGGGUUCUACCUGGGGCCAACAUGCACAAGCUACCAAAUGAAGGGCAUUUCUCUUAUUUCUUUUUCUGUGAUGAAUGCCACAGACAGAUCUUCUCUACUCUAUUUGGAAGUGCUCAAGGUCCCCUUGAUGUGCCAAUGGAAACACAGAUGAAGCUCACUCCGAAUGAAAAUUCGGCAUCAUUGAUCGCUGACUCUUCCAACGAAUGACACCAUAACAGACCCGAAUACAUCGAAUGAUACAUCAUUACAAACAACCAGGUAGCGAGCAUUUUUUGCCCUCCAUUGUCUGAUGUAAAUACCAUAGGUUGCUCCCUAAAGUAAUGGAGCAUGAAAGAUGAGAUUUUAGAUGUAUUUCUGUGCCCUUGGAAAGCUUAGAGGGAGGCGGCAUUGCAAGUUGAAUAUUUUGAGCAGUAAAAACACUCCAUGCUUGUCAUUAUGAUUUCCAUUAAUUAAUCUUUACCCAAACUAAACUGACGGGAGAGUUCA